AAAAAGCAAAAAUUUAGGAAAAUAUACGAAAAAUGAAAAACAAAGCAUAUUUUCGACAAUAUCUCACCGUAUAGUGGAUUAUAAUUGUGCUAAGAAACUGUUUGUGUUCUGCUGGUUGAUACCUAAUAUCAAGGCAGUAUUACAAAUUAAACUGGAUAGAGUAGAUUACAGCACACCAGACAGUUUAACACCAAAUAGAUAGAAUGAGUUGGUCUUCUAGCUAACAUAUUGGGACUUCGCCAGCUAAAAUGUCAUUUAGCGCAUUGUUUAAGAAGGCCUCCAACCUUCUAGGGUUAAACAGUGAUGAAGAUGAUCGGGAGCUACCUACAGAUGGUGAGAUUGUUUACUGUAAAAACAAUGUAUGUGUGCACCCCCCUGCCACCCUAAGGUCAACGGUGGAGCAUCACCCUGGAUACCUGAUGAUUAAAUCCCAAGAUGACCAGGUAUUGGGGUCAACUCUUAUACUCUCCUGGAUACCAAAUACAACCUUGAGGAAAAAUCCUCGCAGCAUAGAAAAUAGUCCCUCAAGAAAUAGUCCCAGGGCAAGCCCACGUCAUCACAAAUCUCCAAGAUCUGCAGAAUUUUCACGACCAUAUUACUACUCUAGUCAGUCACCAACAGAAUCUACAGCAUCUACUAUAAGUGAUAAAAUUGAUUCAAGUGCUAAAAAUGAUACACUCACAAAAGGUCGUACACGAUAUAUCAGCAGCAGUUAUGAAGAUACGUCAUCCCCCGAUAGUUUGCAUACCUCUCCAGAGGAUGGAAAGUUCUCUGAUAUUAGUACACAGAAACUUAGCUCUAGUAUAAAAUCGCAGACGGACUCGGGAAUUGUGAUUGAUCCAAAUUAUGGAUCAGCAAAAUCAUCAAAUGGAUCUCUGAAUUACCAGCGAUUAAAUGACACGGGGAGUUCAAUCCAAAAUGGCCAAGGGGAGCCUUUGCAAUCAAAAUUACGCAAUAUAUCAAAAGGGGAUUCCAUGGAGUGUAGUUCUUCUUCAGAUACAGACAGCCCUUCCACUGGUGCUAAAUUAAAAACUCUAGUCAAAAAUAAUCAAGUCGAGACGACACGUGAACGUACAUCGUCAAAUCGGUCUCAAGUCAGCAUAGAAAUGGAAGGAGAUAACUUAGUGAUAACAACAGAGGAGCUUGAAGGUGAUGACCCAUUUGUUAUGGAUAUGAAAGAUCAAGGGAACACUGAUACUGAGUGUGCUAGUCUUAGUUCUGAUUCCACAUACCCUAGCCCUACAGGAGAACAUUAUAAAAGCAUGCUUAAAGAGCUACAGCACCCAGCUAUAACCAAUAAUCACAAAAUCCCUGAAUCCAAUGUUAAACCUGAUGACAAUAUUAGUUAUAGCACAAGCUCCAGUACGAUCAAUAACAUUAGCCCUAGUACUAAAAACGAUUUGAUUCAUACGCCAAAGAAUGACAUUAAAUCAACACUGGAUUUACCUUUACAGAAUAUAACACUAUCAUCUUCAACUGAGCCACUUAUUACCCCGGAUAUAGCUGUAACGCAAGAGACCCCUUCUACACCCCCAUAUAGCCCCUCAGGGAGCUCCUCUGGGGAUACAUCUGGGCCAGAUUCCCACCCAAGCUCUCCCUAUAGUUCAUCAAGCACUACCCCCAGUACUCCUUCAUAUGGGGGUAACCCAUACAUGCAGGGCAAUCCAGAGGCCUUCGCUGUAACUCACAAUCUCACAUUCCCGGAAAGUACCACUCCAAGUUUUAACAAAAUUGGAAGCCCGAAACGGAGUCCUCGAGAACAAGUCUGUGGCAUCUUCUCGGUGGAUUUAGGCCAGAUGCGCAGCGUGCGAUUGUUCUACAAUAAUGAGGGACGAAAACGAGACAAGUGUGGGCAGUUGGUGUUAGCCAGUUGUGAAAGCCAAUACAAGAUCCUACAUUUCCACCAUGGAGGGCUAAGUAAGCUAGCCGAAGUCCUACAAGGCUUGAAAUUCAUCGCAGAACCCAACCAUUCGAAGAAGUACUUAGACCUGAACUGUACGACUUUCUCAAUUGUACGCCCCCAGUUCACGGAGGACCAGUGUCACCCAGAGGAGGGGGUCUUCAAUAUGGUUACAGGGGAGUCCUGGAUGCAGCACAUGAACCCCCAGGGCCAGAUUGAGGAGGAUUACCAGCUGAAGAAGGCAAUAUUUUUUGGAGGUAUUGAGCCAUCCCUAAGACACGAGGCAUGGCCUUUCUUGCUGCAUUACUACCCCUUUGAAUCCACUUAUGAGGAAAGAGAACAAAUACGUAAUGACAGAUACAUAGAGUACCAAAACAUUCGCAAGCAAAGAGAGAUGAUGACUGAAGAUGAAAGAGAACGGUUCUGGCGAAGCACUCAGUGUACUGUAGAGAAGGAUGUUGUCAGAACAGACAGAAGUCAUCCUUACUUCAGAGGGGAGGACAAUCCCAAUAUAGAAGUAUUGAAGAACAUUCUACUGAACUAUGCCACAGCUCACCCUGUAAUGGGAUAUACACAGGGUAUGUCAGAUCUCCUGGCUCCUGUUUUAGCCGAACUCCAGAAUGAGGUUGACGCCUACUGGUGCUUUGUGGGAUUAAUGCUUGGGACGAUCUUCAUCAGUUCUCCCAAAGAUAUGGACAUGGAUAAACAGCUGAACUAUCUAAGAGAGUUGCUUCGUCUGAUGCAACCAAAGUUCUAUGAGCAUCUACUUGGUCUUCAAGAUGCAAUGGAGCUUCUCUUCUGCCACAGAUGGGUCCUACUGUGCUUCAAGCGAGAAUUCCCAGAGCGUGAUGCCUUGAAAAUGUGGGAAGCCUGUUGGGCCCACUAUCAGACUGACUACUUCCACUUGUUUAUAUGCGUGGCCAUCAUUGCUGUGUAUGGGGAGGAUGUCGUCCAAGAGAACUUGCCUUCAGAUGAGAUGUUAUUACACUUCAGUAGCCUCUCAAUGCAUAUGAAUGGAGAGGUGGUUUUGAGGAAGGCUCGAGGGCUGUUACAUCAAUUUAGGACCCUCCCCUCUAUUCCAUGCACAUUAGAUGGACUUUGCACACUGUGCGGGCCAGGAAUGUGGGACAGUGGACAUGUGCCAACUGUCAAAUGUACAAAGAACCACAAAGAUGGAUUAUGUCCUUAUGGAGGAAAUGAGGAAACAUCUUCAUAAAACUACACAUGAUUGUCUCAGAUUGUCGCUUGGGGACCUGGCCGUAUUUCCAUGGAAAUACAGAAUAUUGGGACUUUGGAGCAAAAUACAGGAUUUAUUACGGUGGUAAUAAAAGACGUACAAUGUGAAUGCUGGACAUGAUAAGCAAGUCAGCGAGUAAUGAACACACAUUGUAAUGUAUAUGUACAUUAUUUAAUUGAAAGGGACACUUGAUGAUGUGCCAGUCAGACUUAAUACAUACAAUAGUCAACAAACAUUGUAUGAUAGAUUGGAUAUGAAAAUGAUAUUGUUGAAACAUUUCAUUGCUUCAGUCUAAACCAUAGCCCUUAGUAAUGCCUUAACUUACAUUUUCUUGACAAUGUUAUCUUGGAGAUAUGGGCUAGUCUGAUUAAGCAUUGUACAGGAUUCUAGAAGGCCUAUUAUAUUGACUAAGGGUCAUUUGUAAGGUCCCAUUAUAUGGGUCUUCAACAGGUUCAAAAAGUAUGGGAAAUAUUGUGCAACUAUAUAUAUUUUUGGGAGAAUGCAAAACCUUAACCAUGAUAUACAAAAAUCUGUAUUUCUUUCUAGUCAAAACUUUACUUUAGAAAGGACACAGCAUUUGGAAUUUAAUGUAUUAUAACAAUUGUAUUGUAAACUGUAAAAUAAUACUGAAGCUAGAUAAAAGUAUUAAAGCCAACCAAGGCUAAAGGAAAUAGUAAAUG